UUGCGUUUAUUUACUUCCUGUUAAAAUGGCGAAAAAAUCGCGAAAACUACCUCAAACUUUCAGCGACGUGAUUGAUAAGUCGCAGAAGUUCUUUACAAAUGUUAACAUAUUUAUUUUAAAUGCUGGAAUCGAAAAAGCUCGCUAUGAUAUAUUUCGGAGACAGACGGAGAGAUUUGGUGGCACACUCGUGUCUGGGAUAGAAGAUUUAGGGGCAGAUGAUGCAGGAUCGGGCUAUGUUGUCGUCGAUGACAAAAUGGAAGCAGACAGAAUGUGUAGGCUUCUGAAAAUAGAUCACCCUCCUCCAUAUGUGAAGACUGUAAAAUCAUCUUGGUUAAGCGCGUGCAUAAAACAAAAGCAACUGGUAGACAUUGUCGCCUAUGAAUUAGAUGUAUCUGGGUUAAGUCGAAAGAGAAAACAUGAAAAUAAAAGUGAUACAGAGAGUGAAGAUGGUAAAGUUUCAGAGGAAAAGAAGGAAGUUAAGCCGGCCACAAUGUGGCAUAGUUACAAGAAACCCAAGACCCAAGAAAUUGAGGGAGAGGAUCCAGACAGUGAUUACGCCCCCAGUGAUGGGGAGGGACCAGAUGAAGUACAGGGACCUAGCGUCAGCGCUACAUCAUCAACAUCACCAGAGAAGUUAAUUGCUAAAGGACAAUGGGUAUGCACCCAGUCUUCAAAAAUGAUGUCAGAAAACCUGAAUGAGCACAUCACCUGCAAACUUGAGGAAAUGGUGAAAAAAUACAAGUCUACAAGUGAUCAAUGGAGAGCCUUUGGAUAUCAGAAAGCAAUCCAGGUGCUCCGAAAACACCCUACACAGAUAUCUUCAUGGGAGGAGGCCCGGGCAUUGCCAGGAGUCGGGACCAGACUGGCGGACAAGAUAUGGGAAAUUGCAGAAAGUGGAGAGCUUCGGAAACUCAACGAAUUUAAUGCGGACGAAGAUAUCAAGGUGAUUGAGUUGUUCACCAACGUAUGGGGAGCUGGGGCCCAUACCGCCAGGCAGUGGUUUCAGCAGGGAUUCAGAACACUAGAUGACCUUCAUACAAAAGCCAAGCUAACACAUCAGCAAAAGAUUGGGUUGAAGCAUUAUGAGGACAUUUUGGAUCGGAUGCCGAGAACGGAGGCGGCCGCCAUAGAACAAGUGGUGAGAGAAGCUGCGGAGUUCCUAGCCCCCGGUGUCAUUGCCCAGUGCUGUGGGUCUUACCGCCGGGGUAAGCCAACCUGUGGGGAUGUGGAUGUUCUGGUGACCCACCCUGAUGGCAAAUCUCACAAAGGGCUCUUCUCUAAACUCCUUGCCAAACUGAAAGAAAAUGGUUUUCUGACGGACGACCUAGUAACAGCAGAGGACAACGGAAAUCAGAAGAAAUAUUUGGGAGUCUGUAGACUUCCGGGAGAGAACCAAAAGCAUCGCAGAAUUGAUAUCAUUGUGGUGCCAUAUGACGAGUACGCAUGCGCGUUGGUUUACUUUACCGGAUCAGCCCAUCUAAACCGAUCUUUGAGGUUAUUGGCCAAGAAGUCAGGGAUGUCCCUGUCAGAGCACUCACUAAAUACCGGGGUGAUCAGAAAGGGAAACGAGAAAGUCUUUGAGGGAACCCCCCUACCCACCCCCACAGAAGAAUCGGUUUUCAGACAUCUGGGGGUACCCUACCGUCCACCAGAGGAGAGGGAUCACUGACAAACCAAUAAGAGAGCUCCAAUGUAAUACGUAAUUGGGCGGAUUCUGAUAGAUUGGUGUGCGUUUCCAGCAUUUUGAUCCUCGGUAUCUGAAAAUUUGCCGCCAAUUACCUGUAGAUGUAAUCGAGGGAGUAAUCUUGCAAAAGGAAGCAUUGUUCAUGGUUGUCUUGUAUCUUCAUCCUUUGACGAAUAGCUCUGUAUGAUAAUUAAGAUUAUUGAUGAUAUUGUGCUUUAUAUCUAUUCAAGGCGUUUACCUUGUAUGGUAGUAGAUUGUCAAAUUGUCAAUUCUGAAUUGACUGGUAGUACCGUACUGAUUACAAUAUUACCAAAGAGAUGUUGUUCCUAAAUAUGUUCAAUGAUGGAACCAAGCUACACGGUAGAUUUAUACAAGAAGUAAUCAUGAAAUGUAACCUUAUGCUGUAGUAAAUUUACUAUAGCUAAUACUAUUUUGAUUGUACAUAUUUUUUAGAAUCGAAUGGUCGAAAUAUUUGCAACUUAUUUACUCAUAUGUAUAUAGUCUAGUAUGCUUAUAUAGAUGUUAGUUUAUUUUCAUAGGAUUUUUAGUCACUCAUUAUUAUAUUUUUUUUUGCAUGCCCGUAUUUAUUGCAUAGAUUUUUACUUUCAAAAAUGGAACUUAAAAUAUCAUUUUGAACUCCCUUUACUUUACUCAUUAUUCCAAUAUACUCAUUUUUUUCUACAUACACGUGUUUACAUUUAUAUAGUGUUUAUUUCAAAUAACCAAACAAUAUCGUUUCUUUGAUCAAUUUUAUACUAUAUUUGUAUAUCAUAAUCAUGAUUAAUUGGAAUCAAAUUAAAAAACCUCUAUGUCUGUCUAUUUUUGCAACCUGUUCCCCUGUAUAUACAUAGCCAUAGCUGUUUUUCCCUGUCUUUUCUCUGCAUUGGUUCGAUUGUACCUAUAUAACACAAUAUUCGUACUGUAUAUCCUUGGUCAUCUAUGGCCAGUAUGUAGUUUGCAUCUGCA